UGUUUAUUCAAGUGGAAAAGUUCUCUUUGAAUAUUGCGGAUGUGGCAUGAUUUUUCCUAAAUUUUCGAAUGAAGUUGUUGCCAGCAGAAAAGAACAAACUAUCAUAAAAGAGGAAUCUCAAAACACAUCAAAUCUGGUGAAGGACUUGAAAUCCAUGUAUGAAGAUGCCAUCUGCAGCAACGCGGUGCUCCAUACUUCGACUGGUACGUUUCCAGUUCACAAGGGCAUUUUAAGCGCCAGGUCUCCAGUGUUCAGGAGCAUGUUUAGCAGUGACAUGAAAGAGAAUAACAGCGGAUAUGUCGAUAUCGACGAUUUCGAGGAUGACACCAUACACCGAAUGCUGCUGUACAUGUACACUGAUUCAUUGGAAGAUCUGCGGUUUGAAAAUGCACCCAAUUUGUACAGGAUUGCAGAUAAGUAUCAAAUUCUCUCCCUAAGAAAUGAAUGUUCUUCUUUCCUGAAAGAUAGUUUGUGCCGAUCAAAUGCGUGUAAUGUUUUAGUUUUUGCUGAUCUACACAACGAUGAUGACCUAAAAACAGCUGCGCAGGGUUAUAUAAUGGUACAGAGAAAAGAAUUUUUUGGUUCUGAAGAAUGGAGGCAAUUCAUGAGAACUCAUACUGAUAUUGCUGCUGAUAUUAUGUGUAGAAAGAUUUGUGAACAGUAAAGAUGCACCCACAUGAGAUGACUGGCAAAAAAACUUUUGGAACUGGAAAAGUGAGAACAACAACAGACUGGCUACUCCAAACCGCCAGAAGACACGCAGAAAAAUCUGAAUGACCUGACCGCUGUCGCAACAAUACU